AUGUCGCACUCUAUGCGGCCACUGUUGCCCAACUCCCCUAACCCUCCUCGCAUCGAAACCUCGUCUUCGUCCUCAUCGUCGUCUCAACACCGCACCAAGAGAGUAGCCACCCCGGCAGCUUGUGAAGCCUGCCGAAGAAGAAAGAGCAAGUGUAGUGCUGAGCGGCCACGAUGCUCUGUCUGCGUCGAACGACAAACACCUUGCGAAUACACAACUCUCCCAACUGAGACGCAUCUUAGAGCGCAAAGACGCAAAUUAAGCAAUUUGGAGAUUAGGUGCCAAGCAUAUGAGGAUCUUUUUGGCAUCCUACGAUCCCGUUCCGAAGAAGAGAUUGCCCAAAUCCUUCAACGACUUCGGACGGGCGAGGAUGCCCAAACCAUCGUCAAGACAGUUCAAGACGGCGAUCUCCUGUUACAGCUUUCGCUCAAGCCUGAAUUUCGAUUCCGAUAUAUAUUUCCCUAUAGUGGGGAGAUGCCACGCCAUUUGAAAGACGCGCAAAAUCCAUAUAUUCGUUCUCUCCUGUACGAGAAGACGGUCACACAUUUAGUCCAACCGCCAAUGUACAUAGAAACACUUAAGGAGAUCUCAGACGAGUCUCAGAAAAUGUAUAUUGCGCCAUACCACACCGUCGAACUUGACGACCCUCGAAUAUCAUCCAUGAUCGUGUCAAACUGGACAACAGUUUCCUCGGACAAUCCAAUGUUGCGUAUGCUUUUGCAGAUAUACUUCGUCUUCGAGUUUCCCUUCCAUCCGUGCUUCCACAAAGACUUUUUCCUCGAGGAUAUGUUCAUUGGUAUAACCCGAUUCUGCUCGCCUCUGCUGGUGAACGCUGUCCUUGCUACUGCAUGGCACGGAUAUACACGGAUGAAGAACAGGGCCGAAUAUUGGCAACCCCAUAACCUCGGAUAUCGAUUCCUCGCGGAAGCUUUGAGGCUGUUCGAAUUAGAACAAGAAACCCCCACAAUCACCACGGUCCAAGCGGCGGCUAUUAUCAACUUGGUAUAUAAUCUGAACGGUAUUGAUGAGUUGGGCUGGGUUUAUACACACAAGUCUUUUGGGAUGGCCCAGAAGAUAUCCCUCUUCACCCCGAACCCUGAAGAGAGUACGGAGUGGCAGAUGGUGGCGGGGGUGACUGCUUGGUGUUUGUUCAACUGGCAAGCUCUCAUAACUUUCCACACGUUUCAACCCCCGGUUAUCAAUGAUCCACCGAGUCGGCCACUUCCUGAUGUUGACGAAGAACCUGCGUAUUACGGAGAAAUACUCGUGAAGUACCCUUUCGGGAAAGAACCGGUACGCAUAUACAAUGGCUCAGUUUUCAAGGCUAUCUCCCAAUUCCGCGUCAUUCUGAACGACAUCACAAAAUCGUUUUUCAAUCCUUCUCGGACGUAUAGCCCAAUCUCGUUUGAAGCUGCCAUAGAAUUCAGAUCAAAACUUCGAAUUUGGUAUGAGGACUUGCCACAGCCACUCCAAGCUCGCCACAUCGUUUUACCUUGCCAUCUCAAGAUACAUAUUCAUUAUCAUAUUGUACUUAUCAGCCUCUUCGAACCACAUCUGCACACAGAUAAUGCAUACAACGGGGUAAACCCGGAUAUGAUUGUCAGCCAGUCCAGAAUUUGCUUUGAGACUCUCAUGAGAAUCUACUACCUACGCCACGGUUUCGAGUGUUUGGACACCACCCUCGUCCAAUUCUUGCACCUACUGGGAUUCAGUACUCUGGAUGAGAUUUCAGUGACCGAAAACGGCUCGGCAGCAAAUGAGGCCAUACGAUCCACGCUCAUGCUCUGUGCCAAAGGGUUAUGGGAGCAGGGACAGAAUUAUUACUUAUCAGAAGCGGUCUUCCGUAUGCUCAGGCAAUCCAUGAGUGUAGAAGAUGUUACCAUCCUUGGAGACAUCGUUGAGGUCGAGGAUGGCGAUGGUCCGCUGAAUCUCAUGGCCCAGGAAUUACGGUCUCGUUGGCCCAUCGGGGCCUUUAGCAAAGCAGAUGACAGCAAGGAUCGCACACUGGAGCAUUUUAUCCAUUGGUGGCAGCAAUACUCAGAAGAAAAGGCCCAGGAUAUCUCUGCCAUGGAACAAGAUGGGCCUGUCGUCCCACCGCGAUAUCCCCAACGAUAUGGGACAUGA